CCCACAAUCCUCUCCUGUCCGGCCCUCGCAAGAUGGCGCUGCUGGGGGCUCCGCGGAGCCUGGCGGCAGCCGUCUCCUUCAAGCGGCGGCUGCUCGCCCUCGCCCUGCUGCGGCCUCCGGUGGCCGCUGCCGCCGCCUGCGCGUACGGCUGGCUUGGGGGGAGCGGGCGGCAGCGGGCACACGCCACCCCGGGCAGCGGUCAGAUUCCACCAAUCUGCAAGCAAAGAUCAUGGCACAGUCCGGGGGGAGAUUAUUCGAGGCCGUUAUUAGAGGCUUCAGAGAUCCUCCCAAGGUGGCGACUGAUAGAAAAGAGAAUGUGUUGGCAUGGUCAUGCAGGUGGAGGGCUUCACACAGAUCCAAAGGAAGGGCUGAAAGAGAUAGAUGCCAAAAAGAUUAUCAGAGCAAUGUUGUCUUAUGUGUGGCCCAAAGACAGACCAGACCUGAGAGCCAGAGUAGCCAUAUCUCUGGGGUUUUUAGCAAGUGCAAAGGCCAUGAAUAUAUUGGUUCCCUUCAUGUUUAAAUAUGCAGUAGACAACCUCAACCAGGCAUCUGGAAACAUACUCAACCUCAGUGAUGCACCAAAUACAGUGGCAACGGUGGCAACUGCUGUUCUCAUUGGCUAUGGUAUCUCAAGAGCUGGGGCAGCAUUAUUUAAUGAAGCUAGAAAUGCAGUAUUUGGGAAAGUAGCUCAAAAUUCAAUCAGAAGGAUAGCAAAAAACGUUUUCCUGCAUCUUCAUAACCUGGAUUUGGCAUUCCAUCUGAGUAGGCAAACGGGAGCUCUGUCAAAAACCAUCGACAGAGGAACAAGAGGCAUCAGUUUUGUUCUUAGCGCUUUAGUAUUUAAUCUGGGACCUACCAUGUUUGAAGUGGCACUAGUCAGUGGAAUUCUAUAUUACAAAUGUGGUGCAGAGUUUGCUUUAGUAACCCUGGGGACGCUUGGAGCCUAUGCAGCAUUCACGAUAGGAAUUACGCAGUGGAGGACGAAGUUUCGAAUAGAAAUGAACAAAGCAGAUAAUGAUGCGGGUAAUGCUGCAAUUGACUCGCUACUGAAUUACGAGACUGUGAAGUAUUUCAAUAAUGAAAAAUACGAAGCCCAACGAUACGAUGGAUUCUUGAAGACAUAUGAAAAUGCCUCCCUGAAGACUACCUCUACUUUAGCUCUCCUGAAUUUUGGACAGAGCGCUAUAUUUAGUGUUGGCUUAACAGCCAUCAUGGUGCUUGCCAGCCAGGGCAUUGUUGCAGGCAGCCUUUCUGUCGGAGAUCUAGUAAUGGUGAAUGGAUUGCUGUUCCAGCUUUCUCUUCCCCUAAACUUCCUGGGAACAGUAUACCGAGAGACAAGACAAGCACUUAUAGACAUGAAUACCUUGUUUACGCUUCUCAGUGUAGAUACCAAAAUUAAAGACAAAGAGCUGGCUCCACCCCUGCAGAUCACACCACAGACUGCUGCCAUUGCCUUUGAUAAUGUGCAUUUUGAAUACCUUGAGGGGCAGAAAGUCCUUGCUGGAGUGUCUUUUGAAGUCCCUGCAGGAAAGAAAGUGGCCAUUGUUGGAGGUAGUGGGUCAGGGAAAAGCACAAUUGUGAGAUUAUUAUUUCGUUUCUAUGAACCUCAGAAAGGAAAUAUUUAUGUUGCUGGACAGAACAUACAAGAUGUCAGUUUGGAAAGUCUGAGAAAGGCAAUAGGAGUUGUACCUCAGGAUGCUGUUCUCUUCCAUAAUACUAUCUAUUACAAUCUGCUCUAUGGCAAUAUCGAUGCAACACCGGAAGAGGUGUAUGCAGUAGCAAAGUUGGCGGGAAUCCAUGAUGCUAUUCUUCGAAUGCCAAAUGGUUACAACACUCAGGUUGGUGAACGAGGACUCAAGCUCUCUGGAGGAGAAAAGCAAAGAGUUGCAAUUGCCAGAGCAAUGUUAAAGGAGCCACUUAUUUUUCUCUAUGAUGAAGCCACAUCAUCUUUAGAUUCAAUUACAGAAGAGAAUAUUCUCAGUGCCAUGAGGGACAUGGUGAAACACCGAACAUCAAUUUUCAUUGCUCACAGGUUGUCAACAGUAGUUGAUGCAGAUGAAAUCAUUGUGCUGGAUCAGGGUAAAGUUGUGGAACGUGGUAGACAUGCAGACCUCCUUGCAAGUCCUAACAAUCUCUAUUACGAAAUGUGGCAUACACAGAGCAGCAAAGUACUAAAUAGUCAAAACAAUCCAAAUUGGGAAGAGAGAAAUAAUCGGAUGUCCAAAGAGGAGGAAAGGAAGAAACUAGAAGAAGAAAUUACCAAUAGUGUGAAAGGCUGUGGAAACUGUUCAUGCUAAGUAUGAUCCUGGAUUAAUCUUCUCUAACAGGUUAAAAAUGCACAGGAUUACAAUGAAGUGCAGCUCUUGUUUCUAAGUCAGCGUUCAAAAACUUCCUGUUUUUUGCAGUUUUGGGGUUUUACAGUAUCUCAGAGGCACGUAAUUUCAACCAAAGGAGUUCUAUUUUUACAUCUUUAGAAAUCUCUAACAUUCAGUGGCAUCUGCAAGAGCUGAGCUUUUUCAAAAACUUUAAACUUCUCAAGAGUGUAAUUUAUGGCAAUUUUUAGGCAUUGAUAAAUUCUCCUGGUAGUUGCUUGAGGUGGAUUAUUAAAUUGUAAACAGAUUUGUCCUUGAUUUACAUUAUUUUUCAUCAUUAAUCGUCGAUAAAUAUGUCAUGUUUUAAUUGUAAUUGGGCUAAUUUGAACUCAUUUGCUAGUGAGGAAGAUGCAAUUUAAAUUGUUCAGCGCUGUUCUGGUUUAAAAUGUUCUUCCUUGUAAAGAAAAAGAAAAGCCUCAACAAAAUAUUAGAGGCUUCUAAUAGCAAACUAAAUAUUGGAAUUAUCCAUCUCACCCUUCAAAAACACCUUUCGCAGUGGACUAUCAGGAAAUAUAUUGGUAUUCUGAAAGAAAACAAGCAGUAUUUUUAAGAGCUGGCAAAAAUCUGGACUUGACAAAAUAUAGUGUGACUUUGCAGAAAACAUACAAAGUGUUGUAUGUAAAUUUGGAGAAUCAGAGGUUUCCCUUAAAUGAAAGAAUCCGAGUUGAGGAUUGUGUAUCCUCAACAUCUGCCGUAGUAGUCAAAGCGGAAUGCAGUCACUUUUUCUAUUUCAGUUGUGGUCUUAGGGAGCAAUUAAGAUUCAAUAAAGACUUCCAUAAAUUUCUAUUAUGUCAUUAAUGUAUGAGAAAACGAUCUGGAUAAUGUUGAAAGCGUUGCUAUAAAAAUCUCCUCAUUUCAAUAGUCAAAACUUCUUCAGUGUCAAGAAACCUCUGUCUGUGAGAUUUGCAGGACCUUACAGGUGUAUCAGGUUUGCAUGGCCAGGUUUUGGUAGCGGGGGGCUGCAGAGGCGGCUGCUGUGAGAACCUGCCAGAAGUUUCUGCCAUGUCUGACAGAGCCAGUGCCAGUGGCUCCAAGACGGACCUGCCGCUGGCCAAGGCUGAGCCCAUCAGCGAUGUUGGUAGCCCCUCUGGGAUAACAUAGUUAAGAAGGGGGAAAAACCUGCUGUACAACAGUAGCUGGGAGAGAGGAGUGAGAAUAUGUGAGUGGAACAACUCCGCAGGCACCAAGGUCGGUGAAGAAGGCAGAGAGGAGGUGCUCCAGGUGCCAGAGCAGAGAUUCUCCUGCAGCCCAUGGAGAAGACCAUGGUGAGGCAGACUGUCCCCCUGCAGCCCAUGGAGGAUGAUGGUGGAGCAGAUAUCUGCUGGCAGCCUGUAGAGGACCCCAUGCCGGAGCAGGAGGGUGCCUGAAGGAGGCUGUGACCCCGUGGGAAGCCCACACUGGAGCAAGCUCCUGGCAGGACCUUUGGACUCAUGCGGAGAGGAGCCUGCACUGGAGCAGGUUUGCUGGCAGGACUUGUGACCCCAUGGGGGACCCACGCUGGAGCAGUCUGCUCCUGAAGGUCUGCACCCCGUGGAAGAGACCCGCGCUGGAGUAGUUGGUGAAGAACUGUAGCCCGUGGGAAGGACUCACGUUGGAGAAGUUCGUGGAGGACUGUCUCCUGUGGGAGGGACCCCCCUGCUGGAGCAGGGGAAGAGCGUGAGGAGGAAGGAGCGGCAAAGACAACUUGUGAUGAACUGACCACAGCCCCCAUUCCCCAUCCCCCUGUGCCGCUGGGACGGAGUAGGUAGAGAAUUCAGGAGUAAAGUUGAGCCUGGGAAGAAGGGAGGGGUGGGGGGAAGGGGUUUUAAGGUUUAGGUUUCAUUUCUCAUUACCCUACUAUGAUUUAAUUGGCAAUAAAUUAAUUUCCCCAGGUUGAGUCUCUUUUGCCCGUGACGCUAAUUGGUGAAUGAUCUCUCCCUGUCCUUGUCUUGACCCAUGAGCCUUUCGUUAUAUUUUCUGUCCCCUGUGCAGUUGAGGAAAGGGUCACCGCACCACAACAGGAUUGUAUUUUUAGAUCUUAUCUCUUUGGGGAGAUUUACCAUUGUCUAUUUAUCACCAGUUAUUCUGGUAUGAUUCUUCAUGUUGAAUUUAACAAUAAAAAUCUUUCUCUUGGAUGUUGAAAAAUAACUUUUUUUUUUUUCCCGGGGAAUUAUACCAGUAUAAUUACACUGAUAUAAUUACAUUUGUAAAUCAGACGCACGAUUUCUCAGUGUGGGCACUAGCAAAGCACUGAAUUUGGUGCUUCUGGCAAUUUAGUUGCAAAUAGUGUUUAUUUUUUUGUGUUAUAGCCUCCCCUGCAACUAAAUAUAGGAACAGUAACUUAAAGGGAGUGAAACCUUUGCUAUCUUUUCUGCUAGUCACUCAUUUUCUCUCUAUGAAAAUGAUGGGUGGAAAAAAACCCAACCUGGCAUCAAUCUCCAGUUAAAAAUUACGUUUAAAAGUAUGUCAAAUGCAAGAACUUUUAUUUUCAUCCUUGGAAUGCAGAAGCAAAGUGAAGCCUUCUUAAUGUAGCGGCAGUUCAGCUUGCUUCUAGCUUACAAUCUUCCUUUUAUUUUCACUAAUUGUCUCCUUUUUUAGUUUCUGACAGCAGUAAGGUUGACUAUAAAGGUGCAGCUAUCUCUGAACUACCAGAAAGAGUUAGCAAAGGUUUAUUAAAAAGCCUUUUUAUGAGGCAUCUCCCUUUCCCGUAUCGUGGCUAAUAAAAAUACCCCAAACAACAUGUCAUCCCUCUCCAAUCCCUCCCUGCCCCGCAAGAGCUAGUUUUUGGAAUUAAAUCAUUUGUCCGCUAUUGCGUGCAGCAGGUAAUGUGCAAAGGCUUGAAAUAGUAAUAUUGCAAUCCUGAAGAUUAUUUUUUUUUCCCUUUGACACAAAUAUUAGAAAUGUUACUGGUCUGAAAGAUGGAGGAAAGGGUUUUUUUCUCAGUGAACAUUUGUCUGCGUCUUGCAGGGCUUGGACGUCCUUGUGAUCGUCUGCAGAGAGCACAGAAGCUACCAUUAUCUUUUAAUGUCUGCAACCAAAAGCCAGUGUAAUGCCAGAUUUGGUUGUGUUUGGGAAGGGAAGUUUUCAGCUGAGCAAGUGAUGAUACAAAGCUGGUGCAUUUUAUCACAGGGGAUGGACUUUGCCAGUACUGUAAGAGCCUUGGGCAUUACAGGUUUGGCAUGAGGACCAUUUUCAGACAGUAAAUACCAGAAAUGAUCAAUGUUUCUUUACAUCUGUAAAGGGUUUGAUACAGCUGUAAGGUCAUUACCUACCUCUGCCAUCAUUUUUGAUGCCAAUCAACGUGCUGCAGCAUUGUCCAACUUUUAAGCAAACUGGAUGCUGGGAGGUAACUCUUCCCAAAGGCAUUUCCUAAAAAAGGCGGCCAGUCAUACAGCCCCAAUAUUUGUUCUAAACAAUUGCAAUGAGUUUCUGGAGCUGACUGAAAACUUCCCAUGUUGCUAGAUAAACAUUUCUGACUUGUGUGUGGCUUUAUUUGAAGGAAUGCUCUCUGUGCCUCUCUGUCUGCUGCUUAGACACAUGCUACAAAAAUUUACCAUUGUAAAUUUAGCAGCUACGCAUGAGAAAUGGAGAAAAGAAGAAAAAAAUAAAAAGGCAUCCAUA